AUUGAUAUUCAGCAUGAUAUGUGGGUUGCGUUGAUAGAAAAGGCUGCAAAAAUAAAAAAUAAAGAUGAUCCUACUCAAUGGGAACCUAUUGUCGAUUUGUUGAGAGCCUUACGUGAAGGGAUUUAUGCAUCUCAAUGGAGUGAGGGUGACCUUGAAUUUUCUGUUAAAGUAUUUGAACAAUCAACCAUUUGUUGUAUACAAGCCAACAACAGCGAUGAGCUUCUCAAGAGUAUGCGAGUUUUGGUAGAUGAACUUUAUCAAAUUCCUAAUGUCGUUCCUAAAAAUUACUACCGCGCUCUCUAUUGUCUUUUCUUGGCUUUCCAUGACCGAACCUCUGGACUAGAUCGAAUCAAUGAAAUAUCAGCACACCUUCCAGAAUCAAAAUUUGUUAAGGCCGUCGUGUAUUGUGUAAUUGUCGCUGAAGAUCCGAUACAGUUCUUUGCACUAUAUAAUGAUUGUCCGGAUAGAUACUUCAAGCUACUUAUGGAUACCUACAUGGACAAGAUACGACUACUUUCCAUUAAUAUUCUUAGCAAGGCAUAUAUGAGAGUCCCGAUCUCAUUUGCGGCGCAUUGCUUAGGCCUGUCGGAUAUCAAAAAAACAGUACCGACUAUAGAGCGCCUUGUCAAACCAACCUGUAUCGAUCGAGUUGAUUUGGACACCAGCACAAUUUACUUCAUUCGCAAGAAAGCUGACAAAAAAUAAAAGCAUGUGAAUGUGGUCGAAUCUACUGCU